AUGAAGGAGAAAUUACGAGCAGUUUACGAUUCAGUAGACAAAAAAUUCUUUGAACAAUUUGAGUUUCACAUGCGAGAGACAAAUCUACGAAAGCUCACUGCAUAUUUGUACAAACCCAAAGACGCGUCGAGUUUAGCUGUUACCAGAAUAUUGUUUGGUAUAGCGAUGUUAUUCGACAUCCCGGAUGAACGCGGAGGCGCGGCUCUGAAUGCGCGCUGGGGCGACCCCAGCACCUGUCACUUCCCGCUGCUGCCCUUUAUACAACCGAUGCCAAUGCCACAAAUGGCUGCGGUUUAUGCUGCACUCUGGUUAGGUGCGUUAGGAAUCGCUCUAGGGUACAAAUUCCGCUUCAGUUCUAUCACUUUCACGGCGUGCUUCUGGUAUCUCUUGCUGGUGGAAAAGAGCUACUGGAACAACCACAGCUAUCUGUUCGGCCUCGUCGGCUUUCUGCUUACUUUCACACAGGCUAACUGCUAUUGGUCCAUUGACGCCUAUCUAAAUGCAUCAGUAUUUUCGCCGACCGUACCAUACUGGAAUUAUUUCAUACUGAAGUACCAGUUUUUCAUUCUAUACUUCAUGGCGGGUGUCAAGAAAGGCACUGCGGAAUGGCUGACUGGUUACUCUGUCCAGAAUCUUAGCGAACACUGGGUAUUUAACCCAUUUAAGUUAUUCCUGUCGGUGUCACAGACUGACUACCUAAUAGUACAUUGGUUCGUGUUCGCUUUCGACCUGACAGUAGCGGGUUGGAUGAUGUGGUCGCGCUCCCGACACGUCGCCAUGAUCUUCUGUGCUCUAUUUCAUUUGAUGAACAGCAGACUUUUUAGGAUCGGCAUGUUCCCAUGGGUUUGCUUAGCAACAAUGCCCCUAUUUUAUCCUUUCGAUUGGCCUAAAUUAAUGUUCAUUUAUAUGAAAGAUUCGUACACUAAAAGCAAAGCGAUCUUUUGUAAAUACAAAUUCAUGUUUUUAAAUAACAAAACUGUACAAGUGAAAGACAAUAAAGAUAUUUUAAAAGAAGGAAAUACUAAGCAAAUGGAAAAUAAUGUCGAAGACAAAUUUGAGCAAGAUUCAUCAAAAGAAGCUGUCGAUGACACUAAAGAAAUGAAAGAAGGAAAUACAAAUAAGGAGAAAUUGAAUAAAAUGGAUUCGAUAGAACCUACUAAAGUUGAUACAACUAAUAAAGAUUUAAUUGAACGAAAAAGAAUAUUUACGUGUUCUUUAAUCGGUAUUUAUGUAUUUCUGCAAGGUUUUCUGCCAUUUUCACAUUUCAUUACAAAGGGUUACAAUAAUUGGACGAAUGGUCUUUACGGAUAUUCUUGGGAUAUGAUGGUGCACACAUGGGACAUGGAUUCGGUUGUAGUAAAAGUAGUCGAUAAUGAAAAGAAUAUUGAGUUCUUUGUAGACCCAUAUCAUCUCACACCUAAUGAACGCUGGUCUCGACACGGAGACAUGGUACACCAAUAUGCACGAUGUAUAAAAGACCAUAUAAUGAAAGAAUCUAGAAAAAGGCAAUGGAAUGACGCUGGCAAUUAUCUUUCUGAAAAUAUUUCUAUUUAUAUUGAUGUCUGGGCUUCCCUAAAUGGCAGAUUUACGCAGCGUAUGUUUGAUCCAAAAGUUGACUUAUUGAACGUUUCUUGGUCUCCUUUCUCGUCUGUAUCAUACUUGAUGCCGCUCCUCGACGAAGGUCUUAUCUGGAGGGAGCACUUACUAAGCGUUCGGGAAACAGUACACUCGUGGAAUAACAACAGUGAUGUUGUAUUUCUUGCCGAAUUUCCCGGGUAUGAAUACGAGAAAUAUGUACCCGAAGAAUUGAAAAACGUAACCCUCACGGUGCUGGAAGGACUCGUCGUGUACGAACCCGAGGCAUUGCCGAAUCGGAUCAGCAAAUCCUUUCAGCUUCGGACUGGAAACCGCAUGGAAUUGUCUUCUGGAAUCUUCCACAAGAUUAUAAACUUUGGUGAAACACCCGCCUAUUACAUGUACACAUUUUAUAACAGCACCGCAGUGAACUUUUCUCUAUCCACGCCAGUACCAAAGUUACCCUUAGCGAUGGAGCUAAAACGACGUUUUAACAACAUGACAAAGUUUGCAAAUGAUAUAAUUAAAAGUUUAAUACAAUUAUUAUUUAAUGUUUCUAAAUGUUUUGUUUAUCAAUGUGAGAAUUAAUACUUAUAUUACUUUUCGUAGAUGAGGAACAUUAAU